AUGAAAACAGCUGGAUACCAGAAGCUGUCUGUCGAUGCCGAUUUAGAAGGAGUCAGCUGCGUGUCUUUUCUUUUAUUCCAAUGGAUGAACAACAUUUUCAAGAAAGGUAGUAGAGGCACAAUAGAGGAAAGCGACUUUGAACCACUUUCAAGAGAACACUCCACCGAAUUCUUCACCAAUCGCCUUCAAGAAAACUGGAAAGAAGAGAAAACUAAUAGAAAAGGCAGUGAACAAAGACCACAACUUUGGAAAAGUGUCAUAAAAAUGAUCUCUUUAAAGGAUGCAGUGAUCAUUUUACUCCUUUACGUAGUAUCCUUACUUUGGCGCCUCUUUAGGCCUUUGUUUCUUGGCUACCUUGUUUCUUCAUUGAUGGAAGCCGAGCCUCAGAAAAGUCUUCUCCUGUAUGGUUGUGUAAUGGCUAUGGGGAUAUGUGCCUUUAUUGGAGUGUCUGGAGUUCAUCAUCAUUCCUAUAAAUGUGACGUUUACGGUAUAGGAAUCAGCAGUGCUCUAAAAGGGUUAAUUUACCAAAAGGUAUGCAAUUUAGUUAUCGUUAGUUAAAGAGAACACAGUCCACAAUUCCUCCAAUCGCUCUGACGAAGGGCUAACGCUCGAAACGUCAGCUUUUUUACCCUUUAUGGAGGCCAAUUCAUGUUUUCAACUCAGUUGUUAACACUAAAUUACCUGCAAAGUUCUAUAGACAUUGACUGCAAUAUAUGGGUUGUUAAAGGACCAAAGUUAUCCAGGGAUUGGCCUAGUUAAAAAGUUUUGAGCGCUGCCUUUCCCGCUAUCAUUAGUCACUAGCAUGAAGUAGGGACUUAUUCGUACCUUGCACCCUCGAAUUUUGCCAUCCGAUGACCCGCCUCUAAGCUACUGAAAACUCGUGGAUGAGCUAUGGCGUGAACUAGUUUUACUAGUACGUAGUCUACGUCACUUAUAAGUUCUCUAUACCAUAGUCGUAAACAAUCCAAAAAUCAUUAGAUUUUAAGUUCCACGUUCCUUACAAAAGUAUGUCAUCUAUCUUUCUUUAUUGCAUUUUUACAUUCCUAUUACCGCUACAAGCCCGUCUGGCUGAACAAAAAGUUGAUAUUCAUAUUUUCUUUUCAGAUUCUAAGUCUCAACAAGACUGAUAUAUUAAAAUUUACAACGGGCCGUGUGAUUGACCUCGUAUCCAACGAUGUUCAGCGACUCGAAGAUCAUACCGUCCUUUGGGGCAUUAGUGCUCUUUUGGAUUUCUUCCUACUUGUACCUAUUAUAGUGGUAUUACUUGUGUAUUUCAUCGGUUGGCAAGCUCUUAUGGGAGUUACAUGCCUGUUUUUGCUUGUACCAUAUUUCAUUGGGUUGUCCUAUGUCUUUGCUGUACUACGCCUGAAGACAGCAGCGUCUUCAGACAAGCGCAUAUCAUUGUUGAACCAGGUUAUUUCUGGGAUUCGCGCCAUCAAAACACAAGCGUUGGAGGAUAAAUUCCGAGAGAAGAUUAAAAGCGUAAGGAGGUAAGGAAAGAACACACCAUAAUUGACGUUAAAUCGGUCAAAGUAACUGGUACUUGUCGCACAUCAUUGCAUGUUUGAAAUAGCUUACAGGCUUAAGUAAAUUUUAAUAAAGGAUGCUAUGUUAUGCCAUGCCCUACGAUGCAAUGUUCUGCUGUUAUGAGGUUAAUAUCUCUUUAUUCCUCUGUUUGCAGGGAUGAAAUAAAUAUCAUCCGUAAGAAAAGCGUCGCCCUGUCAGCUGUUGCUGCCUUGGAGUACACUGCAGUGCCGCUGGCGAUGUUGGUGUCAAUCAUAACUCUAGUGCUUACCGGUCAGGCCCUUACACCAUUUAAUGCGUUCAUGCUUCUCUCUUUUCUAAACGCAGCAAGACAGAGUGUCUGCUUUUACGUACCCUAUGGCCUCUUAGGAGUAUACGAGGCCUAUUUUUCACUCAAGAGAAUCGAGGAUUUCCUUCUUUUAGAAGAUUUACCCGGGUCGUGUCAUGAUCACUCUAUAAAGCGCACUUUAAACACAGGAGGAAGCACAUCUAAAUUUACUAGAACUGUUUCAAAUCAACGGGACAGAACUGUUAAAGUUCCCUCUGCUGUUGAUAGUGAUGAAGAACUUCUCCUAAAGCCAGCCACCUUGGAAGUGUUAAUUUUGACAUCGAAAGAAAAAACUCGUGAUAAUGGCUUCAUUUUGCAGGAUGUAGAAUUUUCUAUGGGUUCACAAACUUUAACAGUCAUCACGGGUCCAGUGGGUAGUGGCAAAUCUACUCUUCUCUCAGCUAUCGCAGGCGAGGUAUCAGUCGAAGCAGGAACAAUAACAUGGCCAUCGUCCCUUGCUUACGUACCCCAAAUACCGUGGGUCUUCUCUGGAACAAUAAGAGAAAACAUUUUAUUUGGUCAACCGUACAACCAAGACAAGUACUCAAGAAUACUGGAAGCAUGCUCUCUCACAGAGGACGUAAGGCUAUUACCUAACGGUGACCAAACAGUUGUAGGUGAGCUAGGUGCUGUUCUGAGUGGAGGUCAGCGCGCAAGGGUAAGCUUAGCACGUGCAGUAUACAUGGAUGCAGAUCUGUACUUGUUUGAUGACCCUCUGAGUGCCGUAGACAUGAAAGUAAGCCAAUAUAUCUUUCAAAAGUGCAUAAAAGGCUUACUAAGUAACAAAAUCCGAGUGUUGACGUCUCAUCAGGAACAACACAUGAAAGAAGCUGAUAGAGUUAUUGUGUUGUCCAAAGGACGUGUGUUGGCUAACGGAACUUUUUCUGAAGUUCAGGAAAAUAGUUUACGAGAUAUAAAUCUUAAUCCGAGUUACAAAAAACCCGUCAGGGACAGAAAGUCGGACAUGAGAUUGGAUUCAGAGAGUGAAAAUGAAUUAGAGUUUAAGGAGAGAGGAAUGAUUCUACAACAUCAAGUCAAGGACCUUGAAAUAUCAAAAGAAGACCGCACAAUCGGAAGCGUGACACUUACGACUUAUUGGGACUACUUCAGAAGUGGAUUGCACGCGUUGGCAAUCGUUGGACUUUUCUGUUUGUUUUUCAUUGCUCAAGGUAAGGUUGAUAGUUCAUGGUAUUCAAUCAAAAGUAGGAAUGAAAGUAGGAUUGUCUUAAUACCUGACAAGCGCUAAUUUUUCACCGGUAUGUUCUUGUGUUAUCGUGGCCAAGUAUAUGAUUUACUAUUUGUCUUUUCCCUUAUUCUCACUGUAAGAGUAAUAAUAUUUAAAUCUCUAAUGAUGUUGAAAACAAGAUUCUCAGACACAUAAUCAUCUUCGAUGUUGAUAACCACAUGAAAUGAAUAUGAUGAAUGCUGUUAUUAUUUUAAAUCAACUCACCAAUUAGAAGACUCUAUAUAUUAUUAUGCGAAACUAAUGUGAUUCUUCGUCCCGAGAUAGCAAGGCUUACAGGUGCAUUGCCUUGGGCCAAACUUUAAGGCUGUAUGAAAAGAUCUAACCGUAUUAUUUCUCGUGGCUUGCGCCGUUCACCACGUGGCCAUUAAUGAUGAUGACACCGCCUCUUCUGGAUACCUAUUUAUUUGUUUAUUAUUUUAUUUCUAUUUCGUAGUAAUGAUAGUGUCUCCAGACGUUUGGCUCUCAUUUUUAACAAAGAAGAGUCAAGAGGAACAGAAGGACAAAUUGAAUUUUAUUUUCUAUGGCUGUCUUGUUCUUGGAUCUCUCAUUUUCUCCUCCAUACGAGCUUACGCUUUUCUUUGGACUUCUGUAAGAUGUUCUGAACGCCUCCACGAUAAAAUGGUUGCAGCGAUCGUACAGGCUCCAGUUUUGUUUUUUGAUUCAAACCCUGUGGGACGAAUCCUCAAUCGGUUCUCUAAAGACGUGGGGUACUUGGACGAGCUGUUACCCAAAACGUUCCUCACAGCUAUUCAGUUGACCUUGCUAAUUCUUGCCUCAACCAUUAUGCCAACUUUCACGAAUUUUUGGGUUCUUCUUAUUGUUGUGCCGCUGGCUGUUAUUGCUGUGUACAUCUCCAUGUACAGCUUAAAAACCUCUCGACAGCUCAAAAGGUUAGAGUCAAUAAACCGUAGCCCUGUGUUUUCACACGUUUCGGAGACUCUCAAUGGGCUGGAGACUAUUAGAACAAGAAGGAGGCAACGAGACUUUGUGGAAGAUCUUUACAGGUACGUUUCGCAGCGAUUGUAAUCAUCAACAUCAGUGUUAGAGUUGGAUUCAUGGUAUUCCUCUAAGGACUACAUAGACUUCCUCAAUAUGCUCAGCAUUGACUUUCGUGACAGAGAAAGAAAGAGACUUAAAACGGACAAUUAAUUACGGCAAGCAGAAGCCAUACUACGAAAACUGGCCUAGCUGCAUAACAACUAGUAUCAACGCCAUUUACUGGGAGAGAAAACGAAAAUAGCAAAUCUUGAACUGUCGUUCAGUAUAAUAGGGAGAAAUUGUUGAGCUGUCCAUGAAACUAGCAAUCACAUAUUGCCAUUUUUUUACGGCUCUAAGCUGGCAUCAGACUUCAAACAGCGGAAUGAAGAAAAAGAAAACAAAAGCAAAGAAACAAAGAAGCAUAGAGAGUUCAAAUGGUUGAAGAUGUACUAAUGACAUAUCUACUAAUAGAACGUGUGUCCUCUCUUCAUUCAGAUAUCAAGAUGUUCAUACCCAGUCGUACAUCAUGGUACUGGCGAGCGAGAGAUGGCUGGGUAUUCGCAUGACGUUUCUCAUCUCUCUUUUUAUUCUUGCCGUAGCUUUAGCUGCGAUCUUGGUGUCUCAAGAUGCUGGUAGGUGUCUGUUAACUGUGAGGAAAGUUAUACUCAAAAGACCAUUUUAUCUAAAAAUUUACUGCGUGCCUAAUUUUAAGCUCAACCUAAUCGCUAAGAGUUGUCUUUAAAUGUACUUACGAUAUUAUUACAGGCGCCGCCAUUUUGAAGAAAAACAAUUUUGUAAUCUGACUGCUGGCUGAUCACUCCUGGCGAUCCGGAAUUCAGUUCAAAUGGCGCGAACCAAAAUGCUGACUGCCGUUAUUUUUUGUUAUUUCUACCUCAGCCAGAAAAAGGCUGACAAUUAACAAAAACACUUUUUGAUAGGCGAGAAUAAUUAUGCGUAAGUCUAUUCAAUCAGAUCAGAGAGAUUGAUGGCCGACAUAAAAUGCCUGACCUGCUACGUGCGCGCAAUAAUGCCUCCCAGUACAACUAAGGAAUAAGUGAAGGUUUGCUAUGCCCGGUAUCAAAACCAAAAGGUUUUAAAAUUCCUUCAUAAUGCACUCUGCAGCAAAAGAGCAAUAUCAAUCUAGGUAGGAUUAUUAUUAAUAUUUUUAAUUGUUUAUAUUUAGAACUUAUUAUUGUACGAUUUAUGUUUUUGGUGAUAUAAAAUGUUAAAUUUAUGUAAAUUAUGUACUUGUAUUACAAUAAUAAUUCAGCUACUAGCUGCUAGUUGUGAUUUUAAUAAUAAUGAUAGACAUAAAUUCUAUAUUUUAUCAAUAGCUUUUGCAGCACUGGGGCUUGUUUAUGUCAUCGAGUCUGCAGAACAAAUGGAUUUUUCUGUUAGAAAAAUGGCUGAAGUAGAGAAUUGCAUGACGUCUGCUGAACGGGUUAUGGCGUACACCAAACUUGACCACGAGCCUGGGUACCAAGUGAAGCAACUUCCCCCGAAACAUUGGCCUCUUGAGGGGAACAUCACAUUUCAAGACAUGUCUUUGACGUAUUAUCCGGGGGGUCCUCAAGUAUUGAAGAAGUUUAACCUUCAUGUGGAAGGAGGAACUAAUAUUGGUGUUGUAGGAAGAACGGGAGCCGGGAAGUCAUCUCUAGUGGCAGCUCUCCUACGCAUGCCAGAUCCUCAUGGUGUCAUAAUGAUCGAUGACGUUCUAAUAAAGGACGUCAACCUUCAACAGGCUCGGAGAUGUAUAUCUGUUCUUGGCCAAAGUCCUAUCCUUUUUAGUGGCUCGCUGAGAGAAAAUCUCGAUCUCGAAGAAGGGUUCCAAGAUUUAGAAAUGUGGCGAGCCUAG